CACACUGAUCCACACAGAUAAAUAGUUUGUCAGUGCAGACACCAAUCAAAAGGGAUCCAAAGAGAACUAGCAGCGGCUUGUGCUUGACGUUGCUCUUGAUUAAAGUAACCAGUACUGACACAUUCAUGAGUAUUGUAGUAGGUAGAAGCACUCCGAUAAAAAGAAACAGGUUAACUGUAGUUAGUGGUAUCCAUAAAGGGAACUCAAUAGCAUCGGUUGCAUUCAUAGCAUUUGAAGAAUACAUAAACCUUAUGAAGUCUCUAUAAUUAUACUGACUCGGCUAAGAUUCUAUAAUUCUGUGUUUGUGUCAAGAGAAAUACAGGAUGAACUGCUGACCCACUUAAUAGAUAACACUAUACUUUCUCAACAUUUGUUAUACACAAUGUACAUGUAUUCCCUUGAUUCUGAUGUAGAUCUUUGAUAGGUGUUGCACCAACUCAUUGCACCACUAUAAAGGCAGGCUCGGACUUUCUGCUGUUUUCGACAACAUCCAAAUCCUUUAUACUGUACAGUAGAUGCAACUAUGAUACAAGUGACCCUAUCUGACUCCAUGGAGUUCAGUUCAUGGGAGUCCAAUCAGAAAUCUCAUGAAUCAGUCGCCCUCCGUGGGUGGGGAGCUCACGAGACUAAGCGCGCUUGUAGUUCCCAUGCUGAUUUUUCUCUAAAAAAAGGUUAGGGGAAAAUAUUGUUACGUUCUUUUAGAAAAACAUCGGCCUAGAAACGAGAGGAGAAUCAGUGACAAUGAAUGUUAAUGUCAGUGGCGGAUCCAGGGGGAGAUCCCAGGGUGCCACGGAUCCCCCCUUUCAGUCUAAGCUUUACUACAGCUACCAGCUAGCUAUUUAUCAGUUUUGUAGCUAUUUUCAAUGAUUGUACCUGUUGUUAUGAUGCAUCAACUGCCAAAGGAGUGUUCAGGUUAGCCUAGGUUAGCUAGUUGACUGUUCGUGGCAGCCGGUUAGCUAGCCUCGAUUCAAGGCCGAUUAAAAUACGGCCUGGUACCUAUUGCAGGGGUGAUAGUGUGCAUGCGCUUCAAAUUACCCAGAAUAUGGGUAAUCGUACUACGAACGUAAAACCUUAGUAAAUUACACAGGAAAUUAGUCCGUUUACUAAAAAUAUGCUAUGACUGAGUUCUGUAAAGCUGUGGCUUAUGGCGUCUAUUGCGUUGGUCUAGAAGGCUUGGAACACUAGUUUUAAGACAGAAGAGGCUCUCAUCUACGUCUAGGAUGGUCCUAUAGCCGGGUUGUCUUCGCAAGUAGCAGUUUGAGGCACCAUACACUUCCCAUAGCCUGUACAGAUCCAAGGUAAGACAUCCUGACCAUACAACCUUCAUAGAGGUAGAUGAGAGCCUCUUCUGGCUUCAGACUAGUGUGAAAGCCUUCUGGAACAACGCAAUAGAGAGCUAAGCUGAUGUACAAAGAUAGAAAAUAGAUGGGAGAAAGAAAAAGGGGAUUCCCCAGAUUCUGGAGAAUAAACUAACGCAUGCGCACUAUCACCCCUGCAAUAGGUACCAGGCCGUAUUUUAAUCGGCCUGGAAUCGAGGCUACCGGUUAGCUAGCUAGCUCUACACGAGUCUAUUAUGGGACUUUCCCUGGCUGAGUAUGGGAUUUUCCAUAGUCACGUGUGACCGGAAGUGGGCAACCCCAAAAAUUUCACCAUUCCUCCAUUCGCUCAGCUGCACUUCACACCUCUGGCUCUGCAGGACCCUCCGGCCUGGACGCAUACCAAUGGCGGAGGUUAUGUACCUCUUUCAAGAGAGCGUCAGACGAACUCUGUCACCAACUUGCCAUGGUUGCGAGAAGACUCUGCACCUCCUAUGUAGCCCCCCCCCCCUGAUUGCCCCUUUCCUGGCAUGUCGACUCAUUGCACUCAACAAAAACCCUGGGGUUCGCCCUAUUGGCAUAGGAGACACAGCACGAAGAAUAAUUGCCAAAGCUACCCUGUCCUUAAUUAAACACGACAUCCAAGAAGCGUCAGGCUGCAUCCAACUCUGUGGAGGGCAGUUGUCGGGCAUAGAAGCCGCUGUACACGCAGCUAGAAGGUGCCUUGAUUCAGAUAACAAUGAAGCCAUUCUCCUAGCAGAUGCUACCAACGCAUUUAACUCACUGAACCGCAAAGUUGCCCUCCACAACAUACGCAGACUCUGCCCGGCACUGGCCACCAUCCUCAUCAACACCUACAGAGAGCCCACAGAUCUUUACGUUGAUGGAGACCGCCUACUCUCCCAAGAAGGCACCACACAAGGUGACCCCCUUGCCAUGCCCAUGUAUGCUCUGGCCAGCAUUCCCCUCAUCACAAAACUCUCUAACACUAACAUCACCCAAAUUUGGUAUGCGGACGAUGCUGCAGCUGCGGGGAAAAUAUCUGACCUACGCGAGUGGUGGGACACCUUAACCAGAGAAGGCCCAGCCUUUGGAUACUACCCGAACCCCCUAAAGACAUGGUUGGUUACUAAGAAGGGAUUCCACACCAUUGGGUCCACUACCUUCCACCAGACUGGUGUGAACGUCACUCCGGAUGGAAGACCCUACCCAGGAUCACCCAUUGGCUCCCCAGGGUACAUGGAGUCCUUUGCUGAGUCUAAAGUUGCCAGCUGGUCCGCACUCGUGUCUAACCUUGCAGAUAUUGCCACCACCCAGCCACACGCCGCCUACUCUGCAUUAAACCAUGGAUUAUCAAGCAAAUGGACCUAUAUGUGCCACACAACACCAAGCAGGAUCAUGAGUCAAAGACUGGCACCGCUGGACGAAGCUCUGCGUAAGAAACUAAUUCCUUCCCUCACAGGUACUCCUCCACCAAACGACACUGAAUGUAGACUCUUUGCCCUUCCAGCAAGGGAGGGUGGACUAGGUAUCCGUAUACCAUCCAAACAGGCUACUCAUGAAUACAAUGCCUCCCUAUUCGUCACAUCUGCCCUCUGUAAUCACAUCAUCAAACAAGACACACACUAUGGGCAGGAUAUCAUCUCGGAGUCACUUAUGGCCAAAUAUCUACCGUAGGCCAACAAAACAGAGAGAGAACCAAGAACGACAUCAACACACUGACGCCACUACUCUUACCAACAUGCAAAGAUCUGUCAAUCUGUCUAAAGAGAAGGGUGCAUCGUCAUGGCUAACCACCCUACCGCUCAAAACCCAUGGUUUCACCCUCCAUAAACAAGCCUUUAGAGACGCCCUAUCCCUGCGUUAUGGUUGGACUCCAAA